AGAGGGCAGUGAGUCCGCCUCCAGGUGUCCAUGUGGCGCAGACCGAGCCCCGGAGCAGUGCCCAGCGGGGAGAGCUCACGUCUCCGUCUCUCCACCAGCAGAGAUGGUGGAGAGAGCGGCCGGGUCGUGGUUCUACAGCUGUGAGUCCGCGGCUCAGAGAGAGAAGAAGAAGAGGCGCAGGCAGCUCGCGGAAAUACCCGGGACUUACAAAGAGAAGAUACUGAGGGAAUUCAACGUGAGCGGGGUGCUCUCGCCAUUGGUGUACGAGGGCGUGUUCUCCUUGAGCGAGUACCACGAGGUCAUGUCCCGGGGCUGCUAUGGGAAGAGAGUGGAGUCUUUUCUUGGGAAACUUUGCUGCAAGGGUCCGAAGGCUUUCUGUGCUUUUUGCUCUCAUCUGGAGGAGUUCUGCCCUUACCUGCUGACCUGCUUCUUUCUUUAUUACCAAGAGCAAACACACAGGACCUUACAAGAUGUGUCCGCCGCAGAAGGAAGAGCGGGAGCUGGCGCUGAGCCCGAACCUAACGGUGCCCCUAGGACUGAAGGUCGAGGUCAAGAACGAGGUCUUCUGUUAUUUACCAAGGUCACGCCGUCCUCUGAAAACCCCAACGGUGCUACUGCCGGCGGCAGCCAAGGCAAACCUUCCCUGAGGCGGAUUAAAGGGCGGCUGCACCGCAGCAGGAGCCUGGACAGCCUGGAUUUCUGCGAGCUCACUAGCACAGCGAUGGAGGAAACCGCUAUAUGGGAACAGCACACGGUGACGCUUCACAGGGCUCCUGGAUUCGGAUUUGGAAUUGCAAUAUCUGGUGGAAGAGAUAACCCCCAUUUUCAGAGUGGGGAAACCUCAAUCGUCAUAUCCGACGUGCUGAAAGGGGGCCCAGCGGAGGGGCAGCUGCAGGAAAAUGACCGUGUUGCGAUGGUUAAUGGAGUUUCAAUGGAUAACGUUGAACAUGCUUUUGCUGUUCAGCAACUAAGGAAAAGUGGAAAGAAUGCAAAAAUUACUAUUCGAAGGAAGAAGAAAGUUCAGAUACCUGUCAGUCGUCCUGACCCUGAACCGGCAUCGGAGAAUGAAGAAGACAGUUAUGAUGAGGAGGCACACGACCCACGGAGUGGCCGUGGGGGGCCAGGCAACAGAAGGAACGAAAAGAGCUGGGCGAGGGACAGAAGCGCAAGUAGGGAGAGGAGUCUGUCUCCACGCUCUGAUAGGAGGUCUGUGGCGUCCAGCCAGCCUGCCAAGCCCACCAAAGUCACGCUGGUGAAAUCCCGGAAGAAUGAAGAAUACGGUCUUCGGUUGGCCAGCCAUAUAUUUGUAAAGGAAAUUUCACAAGAUAGUUUGGCAGCAAGAGACGGCAACAUCCAAGAAGGCGAUGUUGUUCUAAAGAUAAAUGGUACCGUGACAGAAAACAUGUCAUUGACAGACGCAAAGACGUUGAUAGAAAGGUCAAAGGGCAAGUUAAAAAUGGUGGUUCAGAGAGACGAGCGGGCCACCCUGCUGAACGUCCCUGACCUGUCCGACAGCGUCCACUCUGCCAACGCCUCCGAGAGAGAUGACAUUUCAGAAAUUCAGUCACUGGCGUCAGAUCAUUCUGGUCGGUCACAUGACAGGCCUCCCCGCCACAGCCGGUCACGGUCCCCUGACCAGCGGUCGGAGCCCUCUGACCACUCCAGACAUUCUCCACAGCAGCCCAGCACCGGCAGUCUCAGGAGCAGAGAGGAGGAGAGAGUUUCUAAACCCGGGACUGCCUCAACUCCUGUCAAGCACGCAGAUGACCAUGCGCCUAAGGCUGUGGAGGAAGCCAUAGUUGAAAGAAAUGAGAAGCAAGCACCUGCUAUUCCAGAACCAAAGCCUGUGUAUGCCCAGGUUGGACAGCCGGAUGUGGAUUUACCCGUCAGUCCGUCUGACGGCGUCCUGCCCAGCUCAACGCAUGAGGACGGGAUUCUUCGGCCCAGCAUGAAAUUGGUAAAAUUCAGAAAAGGAGAUAGUGUGGGUUUGCGGCUGGCUGGUGGAAAUGAUGUCGGAAUAUUUGUAGCUGGCGUUCUAGAAGAUAGCCCUGCAGCCAAAGAAGGCUUAGAAGAGGGUGAUCAAAUUCUCAGGGUAAACAAUGUGGACUUCACCAACAUCAUAAGGGAGGAGGCCGUCCUCUUCCUGCUCGACCUCCCGAAGGGCGAGGAGGUGACCAUACUGGCCCAGAAGAAGAAGGACGUUUAUCGUCGCAUCGUAGAGUCAGAUGUAGGAGAUUCUUUCUACAUUAGAACCCACUUUGAAUAUGAGAAGGAAUCUCCCUAUGGACUUAGUUUUAACAAAGGAGAGGUGUUCCGCGUCGUGGACACCUUGUACAAUGGAAAACUGGGCUCCUGGCUGGCGAUUCGAAUUGGCAAAAACCACAAGGAGGUAGAGCGAGGCAUCAUCCCUAACAAGAACAGAGCUGAGCAGUUAGCCAGUGUGCAGUACACACUCCCAAAAACUGCAGGCGGGGACCGCGCUGACUUCUGGAGAUUCCGAGGUCUUCGCAGCUCCAAGAGAAAUCUCCGGAAAAGCAGAGAGGAUCUGUCAGCUCAGCCAGUUCAAACGAAGUUUCCAGCCUAUGAGAGAGUUGUUCUUCGAGAAGCUGGGUUUCUGAGGCCUGUGACCAUCUUCGGACCCAUAGCUGAUGUGGCCAGAGAAAAGCUGGCCAGAGAAGAGCCAGACAUUUAUCAGAUUGCGAAGAGUGAACCGCGCGAUGCCGGGACGGACCAGCGCAGCUCGGGCAUUAUUCGCCUUCAUACAAUAAAGCAAAUCAUAGAUCAGGACAAACACGCGUUAUUAGAUGUAACACCAAAUGCAGUUGAUCGUCUGAAUUACGCCCAGUGGUACCCAAUUGUGGUGUUCCUUAACCCCGAUUCUAAGCAAGGCGUGAAGACGAUGAGAAUGAGGUUAUGUCCAGAGUCUCGGAAAAGCGCCAGGAAGUUAUAUGAGCGGUCUCAUAAACUGCGUAAAAAUAACCACCAUCUUUUUACAACUACCAUCAACUUAAACUCAAUGAACGACGGGUGGUAUGGUGCACUGAAGGAAGCUAUUCAGCAACAACAGAACCAGCUGGUGUGGGUCUCUGAAGGAAAGGCGGAUGGUGCCACAAGCGAUGACCUUGAUUUGCAUGACGACCGUCUGUCCUACCUGUCAGCCCCAGGUAGUGAAUACUCAAUGUAUAGCACGGACAGUAGACACACCUCUGACUAUGAAGACACAGAUACAGAAGGCGGGGCCUACACUGAUCAAGAACUAGACGAAACCCUUAAUGAUGAGGUGGGGACUCCCCCGGAGUCUGCCAUUACGCGGUCCUCUGAGCCUGUGAGAGAGGACCCCUCUGGAGUGCACCACGAAAGCCAGACACACCCUCCUUACUCACCACAAGCGCAGCCACAGCCCAUCCAUAGACUAGACUCCCCCGGAUUUAAAACAGCCUCUCAACAGAAAGCAGAAGCCUCAUCUCCAGUCCCCUACCUUUCGCCUGAAACAAACCCAGCACCAUCAGCCUCUGCCGUUAACCCUCACGUAAAAUUAACUCAUGUCAGACUGGAGGAGCCCGCCCCUGCUCCCCCCGCCUCUCCCUCAGCACAGGCCGACCCUCUCAGAGCACCGGGUGCGGAGGCGGCCCCCACAGUGCUAGGAGACCGAGGAGCCGCACUGCCGCCGCACGCAGACCCGCCACAGGUGUACAGAAAGGACCCCUAUCCUGAGGACAUGAUAAGGCAGAACCAUGUUCUGAAGCAGCCAGUGCUUGGUCACCCAGGGCAGAGGCCAGAAAAGGAGCCUAACCUGAGCUACGAGCCGCAGCCCCACUACCUGGAGAAGCAAGCCAGCAGAGACCUUGAGCAGCCCACGUACAGAUACGACUCCUCCGGCUACACAGACCAGUUUUCUCGGCACUUUGACCACCGCCUGCGCUUUGAAGAGCGCGUCCCUGCGUAUGAAGAGCACUGGUCGUACUAUGACGAGAAACAGCCCUACCAGCCUCGGCCGCCUUUUGACACUCAGCACCCUCGAGACCUGGACUCCAGGCCGCACCCUGAAGAGUCCUCGGAGCGAGGGUAUUUCCCACGGUUUGAAGAGCCAGGUCCUCUGCCCUAUGACAACAGGCCGCGCUACGACCAGCCCCCGCGAACCUCCACCCUCCGGCACGAGGAGCCGGCCGCUCUCGGGUAUGACGUGCACGGCAGGUACAGGCCGGAGGCACAGCCCUAUGCUCCUACAGGCCCCAAGGCAUCCGAGCCCAAGCAGUAUUACGACCAGUACCCACGGAGCUACGAGCAGGUUCCUGCACAGGGGUUUCCCUCUACAGCGGGCCAGUACGAGCCUCUCCACGGUGCUGCAGGGAUCCCUUCUGUAAUGCCCACAUCUCAGCACAAGCCGGAAGUGCCACCAGCCUCUACCAAGCCACUGCCUCCACCCCCCACUCUGACCGAGGAGGAGGAAGACCCUGCCAUGAAACCCCAGUCCGUGCUCACCAGGGUGAAGAUGUUUGAAAACAAAAGGUCCCAAUCCUUGGACAGCAGGAAGGACGAGAACCACACAGCCAGCUUUAAGCCUCCAGAGGUAGCAUCUAAACCUCCAGGGGCUCCCAUCAUCGGCCCUAAAGCCACUCCCCAGAGCCAGUUCGGUGACCAUGACAAGACACUGUACAGGACCCCAGAACCUCAGAAACCUCAGCCGAAGCCCCCCGAAGAUAUCGUUCGGUCAAAUCAUUAUGACCCCGAGGAAGAUGAGGAGUAUUACCGAAAGCAGCUCUCCUACUUUGAUCGGAGAAGUUUCGAGAACAAGCCUCCUGCGCAUGUGCCUGCCGGCCUCCUCUCAGAGCCGGCCAAGCCGCUUCCUUCUCAGCAUCAGCCAAACCUGUCCAGUUACUCUUCGAAGGUCAAGUCUACCGAGGUGGAUGCCACGGAUCGACCUUUUGGAGAGAAACGCUACGACCCAGGCCAGGCCACACCCCCGCCGCCUCCACUGCCCGUGCAGUACUCCCAGCCUGCCCCACCCACCGCCAGCUCCCUGCUGCACACACACGCUAAGGGAGCCCACGGGGAAGGUAAUUUAGUGUCAUUGGAUUUUCAGAAUUCUUUAGUGUCCAAACCAGACCCACCUCCAUCUCAGAACAAGCCAGCAAUGUUCAGACCACCAAACCGAGACGACCCCACUCAGUCCACUUUCUACCCCCAGAAAAGUUUCCCAGAGAAAGCCCCAGUGAAUGGAACUGAACAGACUCAGAAAACAGUCGCCCCAACAUACAACCGAUUCACCCCCAAACCGUACACAAGUUCCGCGCGGCCGUUUGAGCGCAAGUUUGAAAGCCCUAAGUUCAGUCACAACCUUCUGCCCAGUGAGACUGCACACAAGCCCGACUUGUCUUCAAAAGUCCCCACUUCUCCAAAAAUCCUUGUGAAAACGCACAGUUCCGCACCGCCCCCUGAGUUCGACAGCGGAGUCGAGGCCUUCUCCCUCCACGCAGACAAGCCGAAGUAUCAGAUAAACAACGUCAGCUCAGGGCCGAAGGCUGUUCCUGUCAGUCCUUCAGCGGUGGAGGAGGAGGACGACGAGGACGGUCACACGGUGGUGGCCACAGCCCGAGGCGUGUUCAACAGCAACGGCGGGGUGCUGAGCUCCAUAGAGACUGGUGUUAGCAUAAUCAUCCCGCAGGGGGCCAUCCCGGAGGGCGUGGAGCAGGAAAUCUACUUCAAGGUCUGCCGGGACAACAGCAUCCUGCCACCUCUAGAUAAGGAGAAAGGUGAGACCCUGCUGAGCCCGCUGGUGAUGUGUGGGCCCCACGGCCUCAAGUUCCUGAAGCCUGUGGAGCUGCGCCUACCACACUGUGCGUCCAUGACUCCUGACGGUUGGUCUUUUGCUCUAAAAUCAUCCGACUCCUCGUCGGGUGACCCUAAAACCUGGCAAAACAAGUGUCUUCCUGGAGACCCCAAUUACCUUGUUGGAGCAAACUGCGUUUCUGUCCUGAUCGACCACUUUUAAUUCCUAAUCUGUAGGAACAUGACUCAAUCAUGUGAACCUGGGGUGAACUGACUGAAUCUCCACGGACCCACCCUAUCAAGUGUUCUACUCUCCUUAGACUCGACCUGCAGUGUGUUGGCAGUAAGCGUUUUGUUCGAACUGAUGAAGCGGAGGGCGCGCUGCUGAGCCGUGGGCAGGCGUGUGCUGCGACCUGCGUGUUUGGCGGAAGGACUGUUGGUGUUGGCGCGAGGUUCAAAGACAUUUUGCUUCGUAAUUAUUAUUGUACUUUUUUUAUGGUCACUGCUUAACUUCACGUAAUUGAUUUCCGUUAAAGUACCAGCCAGUGAAGGGGGUGCAUUUGAGUCCUGUUCUCUCCAAAGUACACUGCUUCCACUCUGUCGUGGCCCUGGCCUGGCAUCCACUUUGUCAUUAUGCAUGAGGCAGUAUGCACACAUUUAAACAUGCACCUGGAGUAUAUAACCAGAGUCGUGGGUUUAACAGAAAUGUACAGCAAGGGGAAUUUACAGCUGUGGGGUGGGGGGGUGUCGAGUGAAGACAAUUACUGAUUGUAUGUGAAAACGCAUUUUUCCUGGGGAAGGACACCAAAGCGUGGGACUGGCUCUGUGGCCUCUCUGGCUCUCUCCAUAAAUUAACCGUGUCACCAGACAUACUAACCAGCAGGAAUGCCUUACCCUCCUGUUUUUAAUUCUUAGGUUGUUCUGUGUAUCGCUAAAUUUUUAUGGCUUUUGUGCGCAUCCAGAUACUGAAUCAUGAACCAGGUUGAGUAAAUUGUGGAGUUGGUGGUUUCAGAAAUGUGUGAUCACCUAGAUGGAAAUAAUGGUGUGAUUUAGAUAAUUGUUUUUUCCUUUCUUGGUUUUUUUUUCUUUUUUGGCAACGGCAGUUGUUUUGUUUUUUUGGCUACGCAUUUGAAAAUUUUGAUGUUUUAAGGAUGCUUGUACAUAAUGCGUGCAUACCACUUUUGUUCUUGGUUUGUAAAUUAACUUUUAUAAACUUUACCUUUUUUAUACAUAAACAAAACCAAGUUUCUUAAGGCUACCUUUGUACUCUCUCCUGUACCUCUUGAGCCUUGAACUUUGACCUCUGCAGCAAUAACGCAGCAUUUUUAUGACACACACAAGGUCAUUUUUUUAAAGAAAAAGAAUGCACAGAGUUGUUACAUUUUUAAGUGCUGCAUUUAAAAGAUAAAGUUACUCAGAAUUCUCUAGUUUGAUUAAAUUCUUGCAAAAUAUCCCUACUGUAAUUUGUGAUACAAUGCUGUGCCCUAAAGUGUAUUUUUUUACUAAUAGACAAUUUAUUAUGGCACAUCAGCACGACUUCUGAUUGGAUAAUACACCACUACAUUCUGUUAAUCAUUAGGUGUGACUGAAUUUCUUUUGCGGUUAUUAAAAAAAAAUCCUCAAAUUUCUAAAUCUGCAGAAUAAAACUUUUUAAAAUAAA